UUUUAUAGCAAUAGACGCGACUGGGUCAUUGGCUUGGCCUUUUAAUUUUCCGGACAAACAGAAGAGCAGCCUGAUUGUUUUAUAUUUAAUUGUUGAUAGAAUACCAGACUCAACUCAGGCUCAACUCCUAUCGCUGAAAUCAAAGAUCAUCCAUCAUUGGCUUCGGGAAUGGAUUACAAAGGGUGGUUUGGAUUAUCCACCGGAAGUAAUUUACGAUAGAGCCAGAGCACUUUUGGGUGCAGCCGUACAAACAUUUACUCAUUCUUUUACCAUAAACGAGUACGCUGAGUCAAUGAUCGAUUCUAACAACAUCCCCGUGUGCUAUAUUCGCUAUGAUGUAGCGCAUUUUAUUAAAAAAUAUGCUGCGCUUUGUUCAGAAAAAAGAAAGGAGAUAAAACGGUUUUACCUCGCUUGCAUCGGGACAUUAAUUCUAUCUCGAAGUCUUGAAGAUGCAAAGAAAAUACUUCACGUCAUGUUAACGGUUGCGACAAGUAAUUACGGUGGGAAUGAAGAUCUUGAUGGGUUUCACAAGCCGUCAGCUUGCAAAAUUCAAUUUGACCAUUUAAUGACACUUUUAAGUAAAAAUACUAAAGGUGAUGCUCUGGCUGAUAUAAUCGAAAAAUCAAUUAUGUUGAUAAGCACAUGGGAAGAGCCAGACGUCGUGGAAGCUGGUGGAAAUUAUUCAUGGUACUCUUGGGCGCUUUCCAUACAAAAUGAGAGGUACACGCAGACAUUAAGAAGUCCCCAGGAAAAGAUCUCAAUGCUUAUAUGCCAACAUUUCCGAUGUGGUCGUGCGUUUGCGCGAUGAUUUUGUAUAUGGACAAGUGCCGGCAUCCAGCGCCCACGUCGAAUCAGAAAUAAAAAAUAUAAAGACGCUCCUCUUUCAACAAGAGAAAUUGCCGGCCAGGGUUGACACUUUUGUCCAAAUGUAUAACGAAUAUGGAAGUGGCACAAUGAAGCUGUACGACAGUGGGAUGCAGACUCUGCAACAAGAAAAAUCGGAUAUUUUGAACUUGACAAUGCCGGCAGCGAUAGUUUGGGAGGACGAAGAAAUUAUACAGGCAUAAUGAAUGAGAC